GUCCAGGCGUGGGCUCCCUGCAGUGGCAGGAGCCGCGAGCCCGCACACGGACCCGCCAGGCCAUGCCGCAAGAAACACACCCGCCAGGGGAGCGGCCUGCCUCCGCGAGCAGGGUGGCCGCCUCGGCGCCCAGGCCGCGCUGGCCCGUCAGUGCGACCGGGGCAAGGCAGCCCGCCUCGGCGACCAGCCUCGGCAGCCCGCCUCGGCGACCAGCCUCAGGCGCGGACCUCCUCGCCGGCGGCCCGCCGCGCGGAGGUGCGCAGCCCGCUGCUGGCAGCGGCCCACCCAGGCAGAGGCCCCUCUCGGCCGCACGCCUCUGCGGCUCGGCAACCCUGGCGCCCAGGGCUCACAGGGUCGCCACCGGCGAGACAUCUGACGAGUCUUCGUUCACGCAGCCAGCUGUCGCCACGGCCGCCGUGCAGCGCCGCUCGGCAACCCUGGCGCCCAUUGCUCACAGGGUCGCCACCGGCGAGACAUCUGACGAGCCCUCGUUCAUGCAGCCAGCGGUCGCCACGGCCGCCAGUGCACUCCGCAGGGUCAGACCAGUAUCGGCCAGCCGCUCCAAGAGCUUCGGUCUUCUGCCUGGCCUGGGGGCCUCUGGGGUGUCACUGCCCCCUGCAGCCGCGCCCCAGCGGCCACACGAUUCUAGCAAGGAGGCGCCCGCAGCCUGCGCUCUGGCGCCCGCUGCCGCACCGCCUCCGCUGUCAUCGCCAGACGAGGCUCCGUUGCCACGCGCGGAGGUGCCAGCGCAAAUCCUCCCGGAGAGCCCCGCCGGCGGCCAGGCCACGCCGCGGUGGGGGAGCGAGACCCCUCUGCAGCCGCAGACAUCUUACGAGCCCUCGUUCAUGCAGCCAGCGGUCGCCACGGCCGCCAGUGCACUCCGCAGGGUCAGACCAGUAUCGGCCAGCCGCUCCAAGAGCUUCGGUCUUCUGCCUGGCCUGGGGGCCUCUGGGGUGUCACUGCCCCCUGCAGCCGCGCCCCAGCGGCCACACGAUUCUAGCAAGGAGGCGCCCGCAGCCUGCGCUCUGGCGCCCGCUGCCGCACCGCCUCCGCUGUCAUCGCCAGACGAGGCUCCGUUGCCACGCGCGGAGGUGCCAGCGCAAAUCCUCCCGGAGAGCCCCGCCGGCGGCCAGGCCACGCCGCGGUGGGGGAGCGAGACCCCUCUGCAGCCGCAGGCAGCCCCGCCCAGCGCGUGCCAUGACGUCACCACGCAGCAGGCCGCCGUCUCUGAGGCGGACGAUGUCUCCCCCGGCGGUGAGGGAUGCGGCGGCCCUGGGGGGCACAGGAGGUUGCUGUCGAACUCGAGUGCCACCGAGGUGCCUGAGGACGACGAUUGGUCGCCGCGGGAGCUGGACACCAGCGUCUCCCUCAGCUGCUCCGACGGCUUCGGCGGUCGAUCUGGGGAGUUGCUGGACGCCGCUGCCCCCUGCAAUGGCGCUCGGGGAGCCGCGUGCCGCGAGCAAGGAGGCGCCCGCAGCCCGCGCUCCGGCGCCCGCUGCCCCACCGCCUCCGAUGUCAUCACCGCCAGCGCGCGGCACCACAGCGGCGGCAGCGGCGCCAGUCGAGACUCCGUUGCCGUGCGAGGAGGCGCCAGCGCAAAUCCUCCCAGAGAGAGCCACGCCGGCGGCCAGGCCACGCCGCGGUGGGGGGGCGAGGCCCCUCUGCAGCUGCAGGCAGCCCUGCCCAGUGCAGGCCUUGGGGCCGAGGCGGACGAAGCCUCCCCGCAAGUCGAGGCCCCCUUGCCGCGCGAGGAGGCGCCAGCGCAAAGCCUCCCGGAGAGCCCCGCCGGCGGCCAGGCCACGCCGCGGUGGGGGAGCGAGACCCCUCUGCAGCCGCAGGCAGCCCUGCCCAGCGCGUGCCACGACGUCACCGCGCAGCAGGCCGCCGUCUCAGAAGCGGACACCGUCUCCCCCAGCGGCGAGGGAUGCGGCGGCCCCCGGGGGCGCAGCGCGCCGCUGUCGGAGAGCUCCCUCAUCGGGGCGCCUGAGGGCGACGACUGGUCGCUGCAGCAGCUGGACACCAGCGCCUCGGCGCGCUCCUCGCGCUGCUCCUCGCCUCGGGGAGGCAGCGGCCGUGGCUUGCCCGAGCUUUCCGCCCCCUCCAGGGUCGACGACAGCUGGAUGCGCGAGGUCUCCCAGCGCCUCGCCCAGGGCACGGCAUGCACCAAGGUGGGCAGGAACGGCAAGCCGUACCUGAGGAAAUUCCGCAUCGACUCGAAGACUUCAGAGCUCGAGCUGCUCGGGGGGUGGAUGGUCCACUUCGCUGUACCGCUGGACGACAUCGUCGACGUUUUUCAGGGGCUCUCCAGCAAAGAGCUUGUCGUCUUCCGCAAGAACCACAGGAAGGCAUCGACGGACGAUGAGCUUGCGAAGUUCGCGAUGGUGCUGAAGACUUCGUCGCGCACGAUCUCCCUGAUCUUCUGCUCCGAGGAAGAGCGCAACACCGUCGGCGUCUUUUUGGCGGUGCACCUGCAGUCCAGGAAGCGCGGAGCUACGUGCGCUCCAGUCACAGCAGACCCAGGUCCCCCUGCGCCCACUGGGGCCCCCGAGGGCAGGAAUGCCAAGGUGGCAUACCCCGACUCCUCGGUGUACGAGGGACAGUACCGCAACCGCCUGCGGCACGGGCAGGGUGUCCUGACGCUCGCGGACGGCAAGAGCUACGCGUGCCAGUGGAGCGAGGGCAAGCCCCACGGCACCGGCGAGGAGAGGUGGCCCGACAAGACUUUUUUCAGCGGAUGCUUCUUGGAUGGGCUGCGUCACGGGGAGGGGACGAUGUCGUACCCGGACGGGUCUUCGUACGUGGGCGAGUUCGCCAGAGGACAAUUCAAUGGCCAGGGGGUGUUCAAGCGAGCGGACGGCAGUUGCUACCGCGGCGGGUUCUCCGACGGGCUGAUACACGGGGAGGGCUACAUGGAGUUCUCUUCUGGAGCCUGGAAGAGGUACGCGGGCCAGUGGAAGGAUGGCUUGUACCAUGGCGCGGGCACCCUCACAGAUUGCCAGGGCGACACGAUCAGCGGUCAAUUUGUCGCUGGCCAGCUGCCCCACCAGGCCCUCUAGAGGCUCGCCGCAGAGUGGUCUUAUGCGCGGUAUGAUAGUCUCGUUUUCGGCCGCUGAUGCAGGGAUUUGGCUUCAUUCCUUACAAGAGUUGAAUGUUGGGGCCCGCACUGUGCGUAGUCGUCCAGAUCGAGCUGCCGAAAGGACUGUAUUUGUAGGUUUCCGCUCAGCUUUGUACGGCCAAUUUGGAGGAGCACUGUCACCUUUUCAGCUACAUCUGAUUGCCACAGUGAAGCGCAUUUUGACAGGCUUGCUUCAUGCUGAUGAGCAUGCGAGCACGUACGCGUUUUCGCAAGUAGAUAUCCAGAGUUGCCCAACAUUGUCGGCUUCCGCUCAGCGUUACCUUACAAGAGUUGAAUGUAAGGGCCCGCACUGUGUGUAGUCAUCCAGAUCGAGCUGUCCAAAGGACUGUAAUUGCAGGGGAGCACUGUCACUUUUCCAGCUACACCUGAUUGCCACAGUGAAGCGCAUUUUGACAGGCUUGCUUCAUGCUGAUGAGCAUGCGAGCACGUACGCGUUUUCGCAAGUAGAUAUCCAGAGUUGCCCAGCAUUGUCGGCUUCCGCUCAGCGUUACCCGCACUGUGUGUAGUCAUCCAGAUCGAGCUGUCCAAAGGACUGUAAUUGCAGGUUUCCGCCUAGCUUUGUACAGCCAGUGUGGGGGAGCACUGUCACUUUUCCAGCUAUACCUGAUUGCCACAGUGAAGCGCAUUUUGACAGGCUUGCUUCAUGCUGAUGAGCAUGCGAGCACGUACGCGUUUUCACAUGUAGAUAUCCAGAGUUGCCCACACUUUUUCGGCUUCCGCUCAGCGUAGUCUGAGCAGUUUUGGGAAGCAUCGCGACCUUGUCAGUGAGACAGUGUCGCUGCCAGGCUUGGCCGCAACCGCGUUUGGUAGAACGGGGCCCCACGGGAAACUUUCCGCACAUAUCUUCCAGUCAGUAAGUGUUCGCGGGCAUGUUUUCGAUGCGCGCAUGGCCGAAUAUUCGAAGACUUCUGAGGGCCCUCUCGGAGCCGUCUUGGAGCCUUAUCGGCUCUCUCGUGACGUGACAUGGGCUCCCCGAGGUGCCUUUCUUUGUCCUGGGUAAUUCUGGACUGUCCCAGGCCUCAGGCCGUGAAAAGAUUGGCCGUCGUGAGUUCUUCGCACAGCCGGUGGCCUGUGGACUCGUUCUGCAACGCGCCCAGGGCAUGGCGACCGUGUGCAGGUCGCGGCCGUGCACUUUUAAAGCAGUCGUGAUGCAGGGGCCGUAGACACGCUAAUGGCGAUGCAGCGUGGCCUUGGGGGGGUGUUGAGCUGCGCGCCCACCGACCACGGUGUCGUGGGAGGCCUCUACCCUCCGCGCGGGCUUCUCAGAGGCAUAGCCGCAGAGGAUCUCUCGGCUGCGGCCAAGUUUCGAAGGGCCUCCACCCCAGGCUCAAAGACGCCGGGGUGCGCUCGAGUCAUUUAUCUUGCUGGAGUCUGUUCGGCAAGGCAUUUAUCUUGCUGGAGUCUGUUCGGCAAGGAAACAAACGACACCACCCCACCCACGCGACCCUCC